UGUUCAGGUAAACCCCGCCCACAAAUAACAAGACUAUUUACAGUGAAGCAGUGACUGAAUUCUUGAGCGCAGGCACACCAAUAGUUUCAGCCAAAACAAAGCCACAGCAGUAGCAGGAGCAUCCACCGAAUUUUCCUUCGAAAGAUGUUUCUGUAUGGUCUCCUUUGCUGUGUCGGGGUCGUGCACUGUUACGGUCACGGACGUGUCAGCGAAGUGUGUGGAUCUAUGACGCCUAAUCACGGGUCUAGCGCUCAGACCAGCACUGCUCCGUUCAACAUCACUGCCGACAAGACCACCUUUAAAGAGGGAGAUCAAAUCACAGUAUUGUUAAACAGCCAAUCAGGAUAUCAGUUUGAAGGGUUUAUGUUACAAGCACGUCGAGUGGGAUCUACUACUCUCAUUGGCACUUUUACUGUGACGGACAGUAGUGUACAGCUCCUCUCCUGCGAUGGAGUUGCUAAUAGAGCAGUCUCUCACACAUCAGACAGUAAAAAAAGUUCAAUUCAAGCUAAAUGGACAGCCCCUACAUCUGGACAGAUCGGCGAUAUAGAAUUCAGAGCCACAUUUGCGAAAGGUUUUUCUACCUUUUGGGUUGGUGUCAAGAGCUCUACUGUGGCAUAUAAUGGUACAGGAACUUCUUCUGCAACCCCAAAUACUCCGACUGUUUCAUCAAAUCCUGAUUGUGGGAAAACCAAAGUCUGCUUCAGUCAGCCCAGCAACUGUGACCCAACUGCCAACACAGGCUGUUACUUCAUGGCAGUUCAGACAUCAUCUAACCAAUCAGAAAUGAGGAUUGAAAUGUUUGGCCAGGCCAGCGGAUAUGUCUCCAUUGGGUUUUCAGAUGACCAGGAAAUGGGCAAUGAUGACAUCUACAUCUGUGGUAAGGACAGCAGCGGCAACCUCCAAGUGCAACAUGCUUUUUCCACAGGAAAAACAGCUCCAACUAUUCUCUCACUGGUGAAUGUGACUAAUAUCAAUACAGCGUUGAUGAAUGGAAAUAUCAAUUGUUCUUUUACUUCCCGUAAUGCCAUUAGCACGGGAAGUAGAGCAUCGUCCACUAGCGAAUACUACCUCAUGAUUGCUGCAGGACCCUCCAGCAGUCAAGGUAACAUCCAGAUCCACACAAGUAAAUAUGUCAGUAGUACAAAGGCUAAUUUACAGGAUCCAAGCCAGGUCAUUACAGGUACUGAAGAAUUCCCAGUGAUUGUUAAAGCCCACGGCUGCCUUAUGUUAAUCUCCUGGAUGACCACGGGCAGUAUAGGAAUGCUCAUAGCACGCUAUUUAAAGGGAGUUGCCAAGGACCAUGGUUGCUGCGGUAAAGAUUUCUGGUUUAUGGCCCAUGUGUCUCUGAUGGCCCUGUCAGUCACUGCCACGGCCAUUGCAUUCAUACUGGUGUUUUCUUAUGCCCGGGAUUGGAGUGGGGGGGCUCAUCCUGUCCUGGGCUGUUUGGUGAUGAUCCUCAGUCUUAUUCAGCCCAUAGUUGCUGCUUUCCGCUGUGAGCCGCAACAUGAACGGAGAUUUGUUUUCAACUGGGCCCAUUCCUUCAUUGCUUUAGCUAUCAAAGGCCUUGCAGUUGCUGCAAUUUUCACUGGUCUGGCACUGUUUGAAGAAUAUAAGGAGGAUGGAUGGAUGUUGAAAGUUAUGGGAGGUUUUGUUACCUGGGAGGCUCUGAUGUAUAUUCUUCAAGAUCUUAACUUGCGCGCCAAGAAAAAAGGUUCUGAGAUUUGCAGUUUCGGAUCGACGGGACCUGAAACAGUCCUGCUUGUCCUGUUUAUAUUGGGAAACCUGCCCUUCUUAAUAGCACUUCUUGUUGGAAUAGGCAGGUCUUAAAUAACCCCAACAUUCUACGGCCUUCCUCACUGAUUUUGAUGCCACUUUUUGGCUAUUUUGUUUUAUGAGUAUGAGUAUAUUUGUUAUAUUUGUUUAAUUAACUCAGUGUUCAUUUGGAGUUACAUAUAAGCUCAGCAGAAUCGCUACAUGAUUUUUUGAUUGCUAUUUUUAGUUAAUAUGGCAUUAUUUCUGAUUAGAGAUUCACCACUGUGCCUUUGAGAAAGGAACAUAACUGCAUUAUGCUAUUAGGAGAUUGUUCUUGCAAUUACUGUUCUGUAAAUUGCUCAUUGCGAUGGAAGAACAGUAGUGAAAUUAUCUUGGGAUUUAAUCAAAGAGGCCAUUUAUUUUAUUUUAAUUUAAUUUAGAACUUGACAAAUGUUGAUUA